AUGUGGCGUCAGGAUUUUGCACACGAAGAGCAUUGUUGGAUUACAGAUUCAAUGGAUGGGGUGAAACAACGUCUGGGGAUGGACCAUCCACCUUUUCUUCAGGCGGUUCCUACUGUUCCCCCCCCCCCCUCCUUAACCACAGGGUACUGGUCACGAAGGUGUUGUACUACUAUGCCACCACAGGAGUACAGUUACAAGCAGAGACCUAGGAUUACCGAGCCUGAUAAGUCGGAGCCGACUCUACAUGACGUGAUGCGGCGUCAGGAUUUUGCACACGAAGAGCAUUGUUGGAUUAUCCAUUCGAUGGAUGGGGUGAAACAACGUCUGGGGAUGGACCAUCCACCUUUUCUUCAGGCAGUUCCUACUGUUCCACCCGCUCCUUAA